AUGCCCCCCAAAGCUGGUACCAGACGACCAGCAGCGCGACGAUCCGAGGGCUCAGAGCCAACGCCCACACCCGGGGCCGGCGCAGAAUCCAGUCAGAAUGCGCCUGAGCGCGGCGCAUCUGCAUCUGGAUCUGCGAGCGCAACUCCCGGUCCUUCCAGACCCGUACAACGACUGCAGUCACUGAAGACAAGAGGCGGUUCCGGAAGUAUUGCACCCAAGGCCCGACCACCGUCCGCGCUUGGCGGUGAACCGGCCAAACCGACACUGAAAUACAAGCCGCGGAAUGUCGGGCGCCGAAGCAAGGAAGAGCGUGAGGCGAUUGAGAAACUUGAGGCUGAGCGGCACAAUGAGCGUCUGAAAGAGCAAGCUGCGAUCCAACGCGGAAGGGGUGGUGGACGUGGUGGACGUGGGAAUUUCCGUGGACGGGGCGGGCCAGCUGGCAUGGCCGCGAGUGGACUUUUCGGGUCCGGAAUGGGCGGUGCUCAUCGGGGCCGGGGGGGUGGAAGUGGUGGUGGCGGUGGAUAUGGAGGUGGUGGUCGGGAUCGCACGCGCUCUGUGGUCAGUGGUGCUGCAGGACAGGCUACUUUUGACGAUGAUUCGGACGAGGAUGAUUCCAGAGGCAGGCUUGAUAUCAACUAUAUCAAUGAGUUGGACGAUGAUGACGAUUACGAGAAUUUGCCUCAGGAUGUCAAAGGCAAGUUACCUUAUCGACCUAAGCGGGAUGGCCUGUUGCCUUUCCGUGUGCACCGCAUUGAGCAUGAGGAGCGUGUUGUCAGUGUGAAUAUGGAAUCUAGCUCGAGUCGGUCGGCUGAACUACGCAAGAAGGCCGAGGCAGAGAAGGCUACCGAGCAGGGCGAGACCACUCCCGUGGAGGAAUUUGAGGAUGAGCCGCGUGUCAAGAACGAGCCGGUUGACGACCACGAUGCUCCUAUGGUCGAUGCUCUCCCUCAUGCUGAGGACGAUGGCUUCUUGCCUGCACAGAACGUCCGCGUGCGUCGGAAGGUGCCUCCUUCCCCCCAGAAGCCGAAGCCCAGACGAACAGACCCGAUUUCGCUGGAACCCGAGCAAGUCGUACGAGACCCGCGGGCGUUGCUGCGUACUAAGGAAGAGAUUGAUGAAUACGAUCGACACCUGGAGGAUCUGGAGCAUGUGCGGAACCUUUUGUUCUACGAGCCGCCCGAGAAGCCUGAUACUACGACUGAAAAUACACCCGCCGAGACGCAAACGGUGGAAGCCGAAGGCGAGAGUGCAGCCGUGACACAGGACGAGAACGCAGAAGACGAAAAGGAAGACGAAGAAGAUAAGACUACCAAUCCGAAACUCCUCGGUCAGCUCUUCUUGAUGCAAUUCCCUCCCAUGACUCCCAACCUGACGGUCCCCGGUUCCGUCACAUCUGUCUCUGCCCACACACCCGCUCCCGCUCCUACUGCCCCAGGCGAAGUCAAGACCGAAGACGAUCUGCAGGUCGUUGAUGCCGAUGGCCCCAGCACCGAGACCCCCGCGGUGAUCACCGCCGGUAUGGACUGGGCGCUUCCCGCUGGCCGAGCCGGCAAGCUAAACGUUCACAAGUCCGGCCGAGUCACGAUGGACUGGGGCGGCAUCAGCUUCGAGCUGGACCGCGCUGCAGCGGUGGACUUUGUGCAGGAGGCACUGAUUGUGUCAUCGCCUGAACCUGAUGUGCCGGGUGCGCCGCCCAAGGACGAGUCUGAGCAGCAGGCCUGGUCGAUGGGACAGCUAAGCGGGAAGUUCACAGUCAUGCCGAACUGGGACAAGAUGCUUUGA